GGAGCAGCGGUGGCACGACCCGCUGGCACGUGACUAAGCGGGCUCUGCGCUUGCGCGUUUCCUUCCCUUUCCUUUCAGGGCCGUCGGCGCCGCCGCCAUGAGUAUGCUAAGGCUCCAGAAGAGGCUGGCCUCUAGCGUCCUGCGCUGUGGCAAGAAGAAAGUCUGGCUGGAUCCUAAUGAGACUAAUGAAAUUGCAAAUGCAAACUCUCGUCAGCAGAUCAGGAAACUGAUCAAAGAUGGUCUGAUUAUCCGCAAGCCUGUUACCGUUCACUCACGUGCUCGGUGCAGAAAGAACACCUUGGCCCGCCGGAAGGGCAGGCACAUGGGCAUUGGUAAGAGAAAAGGUACAGCUAAUGCCCGUAUGCCUGAGAAAGUUACCUGGAUGAGAAGGAUGAGAAUUUUGAGGCGUCUCCUUCGGAGGUACAGGGAGUCCAAGAAGAUUGACCGCCAUAUGUACCACAGCUUGUACUUGAAAGUCAAGGGCAACGUGUUCAAGAAUAAGCGGAUCCUGAUGGAGCACAUCCAUAAAUUGAAGGCAGACAAAGCUCGCAAGAAGCUUCUGGCUGACCAGGCUGAAGCCCGCAGAUCGAAGACCAAGGAGGCUCGUAAGCGCCGUGAAGAGCGGCUGCAAGCCAAGAAGGAGGAGAUUUUCAAGACUUUGUCAAAAGAGGAAGAAACCAAGAAGUAACUUUCUGCCUUCCUGUGUACAUAGUACUCAAAGGGUAUCUAAUAAAUCUGUCGACCAUCUCA